UACUAUCAAAUCAGUGCAAGUGCGAGGUUGUGUAUCAGAGACCAUUAGUCGUGAAUGAGAACCCGUGUGGGCAUUUGAUAAAUUUCUGUGACAUGGAUCUCACAACCUUGAAAAUAUUUUGUGUCGUCAGUUUCCUACUGUCGGUCUCUGCUGCGCCAAAGAAGUUCAUGCCUGGUGGUUUGCAUUCUCAGGAUGUGAAUGACGUCAAAGUGAAGAAGUAUGCGAAACUGGCCCUGCCAACGUUAGAAAGUCUCUCUGACCCGAAAGAGGACCUGUCGUUGGUUGAUAUAUUAGAGGCUCACACUCAGGUCAUCGCAGGCUUAGUCUAUCAUUUGAAAUUGAAAGUGGCAGAUUCUAGAGCAAAUGAAAAAAUUUGUGAUGUGAAGAUUGCAGUACCUCAUAACGGAGGCACCCCAGAAGUAUAUGAUCCUAGCUGUGGAAAUGAGUUGCUCAGCAGGAAGCAGAGAUCGCCGGAUCACUGGGUCGGAGGACUUCAGCCGCAAUCAGUGGCUGACGCAGACGUUUUGAAGUACGCGCAGUUUUCUCUUUCCUCUCUAGAGGCUCUUUCAGAAUCCAAAAGCAAACUCAAAUUGGUAGAGGUUGUCGACGCCAAUACUCAGGUUGUUUCCGGAUCUUUAUAUUUGUUGACACUGAAAGUUGCCGACUCGGAGUCCGCGGACACGAGACUGUGCAGAGUCAGAGUGUGGGUGAGGACGUGGCUCAACAAAACGGAAGUUACAGAAGCGUCUUGCGAUGACAAGCCAUCAACCAAAACAAAGCGCUCUGAAAAGUCGGAGAAUCUGCAGCUCGUUGACAAAAAUUCUCAGGAAGUUCAGCAGAUUUCAAACAGCUUUCUAUCGCAAUUUACACAUUUGUCUGCAACAAAGAAGCUGAGAAUGGUUGACAUUGUGCAUGCCCAUAAGGAGGCAGACUCAAGUCCAUCAUCCUCGGGACCCCUUUAUCAUUUAAAAGUACAUGUUGCCGAUGAUCAUGCGGAAGAAGGAACUAAAAAUGGGAAAAUCUGCAAUGUGUACGCUUAUGUUCAAGCGUCUGAGGAACCCAAGAUAGACAAAGUGGACUGUGUGCUGAGCUCAAGAAGGAAGCGAUCUAUGCAGCAUAGUGGAGGGUUAUUAGGCGGUCUUAUGCUCGGCGGUCUAAAACAGAUCAGCGUGAAUGACCCCGAUGUCCAAAGAUACGCCAAAAUGUCGAUGGACUCGCUCGGGGAAAGCGAAAAGAAGGACGGAUAUCAUGUUCUGAAGGUCCUCGACGCUCGUGAACAGGUGGUUUCCGGGACGCUGUAUCACAUAAAAGCCCAAAUAGGCACCUCAGAGAAGGAUUCUAAAAUCUGCAAUUUUAAAGUGUGGGUUCAGCCCUGGCUUCAUUCGGAGAAAAUUACCGAUGGCUCAUGUGAAAACAAGGUUUAAAACCUGCAAACUGGCAACAUUGUUUUUUCUCCAUUUAAACCUAUGAAAAUGUAUCGAUUCUUGAAGGGGUCAGGUGCUCCGACAAGAAUGGAUUAUUUAGCAUAGGUUUUAAUGGAGGAAAUCCUGUGUUGCCAAAUUUCUGGAUCCGCCCCGGUUUGAAACUCGAGUGUGUCUACUAUGCUGCCGUAUGAACAUUCGAGAGUUGCCAAAUUUCCUCCAAUAAAAUGUUCAUUUUUUAGGAACGCCAUGAAUAUUUUGCCUUUAAAUUUUCAGAAACUUUUGGUGAAGUUGCGAACAAAAUUAUCUGAAAAAUUGGAAGGAAAAUAUCCACAAGUUUACCAGGGAAUUCGUGUUUUCUGAAUGGAAAUUUGGCAACGCCUGAAGGUUCAUGCGGCGUUUUUCCUUAGCACGGCAGUAUGAAGGUCAUGUCCAGGAGAAGAGAGGAGUGGAAAAAGAAGGCGCUUAAUUCGGAGGAUUUAUUUUUUUAAUUCCUUAUUUCCGAAGGAAAUACACUAUUUUUCUUUUUCAAUUUUGUUCGCAUGCUUUCAUCUUACCUGCAGCAUAAUUUUGGGCAGAGCAUGUAACCAUUUUAGCUGAACAAUCAGAAUGGGCCUCGAAACCCCUUCACCCCAAACACGAGCAAGCUGUACUGCCGUGCUUAAGAAGAACGCCGUAUGAGCCUUCAGACGUUGCCAAAUUUCCUUCGAUAAAAUAUGAAUUUUCAGGGAAUUCUUUGAACAUUUUUCUUUGAAUUUUAUACAGAAUUUUAUUCACGACCAGGUCUAAAUCAUCUGAAAACUUCAAGAGGAAAUAUUCAUAACUAUCCUCAAAAAAUAAACAUUUUUGAGAAGAGAAAAUUUGGCAACUCUCUAAUGUUCAUACAUCGUUUUUCCUCAGCACGGCAGUGUGUACUUUAAAAGUCACGUCGAAUUUAAAACCUCCCACACUUUGCAGGAACGUGAAUGUUUCAAUUGCCUCAGUAUCUCCAAAAUUCCGAAAAAAUUGAAGGAUUUUGCAUCAAAAUGAAAACAGCACUACGUAAUGAGAUAGAAAGCAA